AUGGCUCAAUCUACAUUGUCAGUUGAUGAAUGCUUUAGUUCACCACGGAGUUUUGAGACUCAAUCUGUACGUCUGACAGUCAGAGUUAAAACUCCUGGUGAAAGUCUGAAUAUCGUUCAACUCAAGGCUAUUGUGGACAAAGGUUCAAGAAGUUUGAAUGACACAACUCAUAUCACACUCAUUGCAACUGAAUCCAACGGCAAUGGCAUUCAUUUAUCCUCAAUAUUAUUUGUUUACACCCCCACGUCACUGAAAACAUACAUAAAAAGACCUAGAUCAAUUUCUUCAUCUCCUGCCAUAGGUUGGUUACAAUUAAGAUUGAGUUGGGAUAUAAACUUAGAGGGAUUGAUUGAUUAUUUUGUUAGAGUUAUGAAUUUGGAUAAGGAUUCAGUUUCCAAAGAAUCCCUCUAUCACGAUGUUAUCCUCAGGAAUUAUUCCCCUCAGACCCUCAACACCCAAAUAAAUUCAAAUCAUAAAGGUUAUAUUGGCCCUCAAGUUAUGUUUAGACUUUGGGAUGCUUCUGGACGUGAAUGGAAAUAUCCUACAUCAUUUGGUUGA